CUUGAGUCUUGACAGUUGACGAACACUAUUUUGUGGUCGAUGAUAGUGUAUUAUAAGAAUAUACGGAUUCCGAUCAUAACGUUCAUUCUUGUUGCUGACUUCACAGAGUAUACACUGUAUCUAAUUUUAAAUCAAAAUGGUUGCCUCAAAGAAUUUUUUCUUAUUCUUGGUGAGCAUCGUGGCAUGGAACGCUACUGCAAAUACGAUGCCCCACGCGCCUAGCGCGUCCUGUCGUGAGUUUAUUCAUACUACUUGUGGAGGGUGCAAGGAGGCAGGCCUGGAAACAAGUCGGCGGGAGUGCGUUUUAAAUUGCUUGGAAACGGAAGGUAGUUCCAGCGUGUGCGGUGAACGAGUAGUCAAGAUGAAAGCGAAGGCGGCCUGCUAUGAUUUUAUCAACAACAGUUGCACAAGCUGUUCUGAUUUGCCCAAAGCGGAAAUGAAACAAUGUGUAUCAACGUGCUUGGCUGCUGAGGAUUCGAAUAAUAUAUGCGAGGGAAUACACAAAGCAAACAACAACCGAGCACAGCAACAGCGUCCGCCAAAAAGCGACGUAUCCAAGAAGGAUGGACAGGCGGCCAAAACAGACCGGCAGAUGAAGAAGGAACAGAGACCCUGUAUGCAGGACGAAGAUUCUGCUAUCAAUCAACCUAAGAACAAUAUCAAUGAGGAAAUCGUUGACUGGAAUGUACCUGAGACCAGCUUUCCGGACUCACACUCAAAUGUUGCCGCGCCGGAUGUGGCGCCGGAACAGGAACAAAAUGUGGAGUGGAACGUACCUCCGACCUACUUUCCUGCACCAAACAUUGACACUACUGAGAUCAAUGGAAUGCCAGAACAGGAAGCGAAGUGGAACAUACCACAAACUUACUUCCCUGUACCAAAUUUAGAUACUUCUGUGAACGAUGAUACGUCCGAACAAAAUGUAGAAUGGAAUGUGAUUCAAUCUAACUUUUCUGCGCCAUACGCAGAAGAGGAAUCAGCCGAAAAUGAAAUGGCAGACCAGGACCAAGCAGAUUCGCUGACUGCACCUCCAGCUGACUGUGGUUAUGUGUGUGCGAUUUACUGUCCUCAGGGCAAUGUGAUGGACGAGUUUGGUUGCCCCACUUGUAUGUGCAAGUAGGUUGUUUACUACACUUAUAUAGCAUAUUCCUACAUAGAAAUCGACUAAUCGAUUUUCCUUUGUACUCGGUCUAUUUGUAGGAGAAAAAAAUAGUCACGCAUAGCCGCACAGACAAUAAACACCUUUACUAUCAUGA